GGCAAUGAAGCUAGAAGUACUGGGCAGCAGUUUCACAAUCUAUGGUUAUUUCCCCCCACCCCCUGUAAGAAGGAAAUGCUCGGUUACUUUCAUUUUGGAGCCUGUUGAUGUCGUCAGGGCAGUAGGAGGGGACGGAGGCUAUUAUCCAUGGCAGAAAACAACCAGAAUGAAAAUCCACUUAAGGCUUUGGAACACAUGGGAAAACAACUCGUUACUGGCCUUGUUGAAGAGUUGAUGAAAAAAAAGUAUCUGAAAUUGGAGAAAGAAGAGGAAAAAAAAUUUUAUGAUGCCAAACCUGAAGACAAGGCUCGGGUCUUUGUGGAUUCUGUCCGAAAGAGAGGCCGUGAGACAGGAAAAAAGUUGGUCCAAUCCUUCCUUAAUAGAGAAAAUGAGUCUAGCGAUUCAGAAGAAAUCGAGGCUGGACCAGCUGAGUCAGAAGAAUCCACAGAUACCCUCAAGCCUUGUCCUCCUGAAGAAUUCCUGAGAGUGUGCAAAGAAAGGGCUGGAGAGAUCUAUCCAAUAAAGGAGAGGAAGGACCGCACUCGCCUGGCUCUCAUCAUAUGUAAUACAGAGUUUGACCACCUCUCUCUGAGAAAUGGAGCUGACCGUGACAUCACUGGGAUGAAGGAGCUGCUUGAGGGCCUGGGCUACAGUGUGGAUGUGGAAGAAAAACUCACAGCCAGGGACAUGGAGUCAGUGCUGCGGGCAUUUGCUGCCCGUCCUGAGCACAGGACCUCGGACAGCACGUUCUUGGUGCUCAUGUCUCAUGGCACCCUGGAGGGAAUCUGCGGGACCAUGCACAGUGAUGACAAUCCAGAUGUGCUAACUUACGACACCAUCUACCAGAUAUUCAAUAACCGCAACUGCCUCAGUCUAAAGGACAAACCCAAGGUCAUCAUUGUCCAGGCCUGCAGAGGUGCAAACCGCGGGGAAUUGUGGGUCAGAGACUCUCCAGCAGCCUCAGCAGACAGCGUUUCACGGUUAUCUGAGAAUGUGGAGGAAGAUGCUGUUUACAAGACUCAUGUGGAGAAGGACUUCAUUACUUUUUGCUCCUCCACCCCACAUAACAUGUCCUGGAGAGACAUAACAAAGGGUUCUCUCUUCAUCACGCAACUCAUCACGUGCUUUCAAAAAUAUUCUUGGCGGUGUCACCUAGAGGAGGUAUUUCGGAAGGUGCAAAAAUCAUUCGAAAACCCAAGUGUUAAAGCCCAGAUGCCUACCAUUGAACGACAAUCCAUGUCUAGAUAUUUCUACCUCUUUCCUGGCAAUUAAAAAUUACCCUGAAAACACAGAAGAGCUGACUGUGCAGAAAUCAGAACUCUGACCCUCGCAGUAUACAGGUAACAAAUUGCUGUCAUUGAGCCAACAUUACCAGACAUUUUAAAAUAUAUAAAUAUAUCCUGGUUUGUGUUGGUGCAGGCUCUGGUUGUCAGCCUGUUCUCACAGUGUAGAUCACAGACCAUUCAGAGCCUCCUCUCAGACAUUAAAUUCUUUUCAGGAAUUCCUUCAAGCACCCAUGGUAACAUUUAAAGAAUUUGUUUUUGUCAAAAUUCUUUAGAAUUAGUAUAUUGACUUUAGAAUUAACAAUUCUUUUAUUCACUCAUAACAGUUUUAUAUCACACUGUAUUAUAAGAAUAAUAUUAAUCUCUCUCAGAAACAUACUUAAAAUUAUAUUCUAUAGUAAAGUUUACCUCAGUAUUGCAAAUAUUUACCCACACCUUUACUUUCCCCUGAUUUUUGACACCUCAGUUGCACAGCUGCAUAGGUAAUUCAGCAGAACAGCUUUUGGUGCCUAAUUAGUCCAAUAGGAACACAUUUGGAUGGUGAAUUCUUUAAUUGUCUAGUAUUUGUUAAGUACUUAUUGCAUGCCAUUUUUUGUUCCAGGCAUUUAGAAUAUUCUCCUGAACAAAGCAAAUGGAGUCUUUGCUCUCAGAAAGCUUGUUCUCUAGUGAAUGGAGACUUCUUUUAUAUACAUAAACAAGUAAAUAUGGUAUAUGUUAGAAAGUGAGAAGAGCUACAAAGAGAAAUGAAGGAAAAAGAAACCCAAAUUUAUGGAUCUUGCAUUUCUAUAGAUAGAUAUUCAGGAAACGUGUUUUUAAAAUGGCAAAAUUAGAACAAAAACUUUGAUGAAGUGAGAGAGUGAACCUUGUGGUUCUCUGCAGGAGAGGUAUUCUAGCACAGGGAAUGGCAAGCACAAAUGUCCUGAGGCUGAAAUGCGUUUGGCAUGUUUAGAGAACAAGAAGGAAACCGUAUGAGUGGAGGAGAAUGAGCGUGGGGAGAGUGGCAGGAGACAAUUCUGAAAAGGGCCUUGGUGAUCACUUGGUAAAUCUUUAAAAAUUUGUAUUCUCAGUGAGAUAGGAAAUCACCAGAAUGCUUUUGACAGAGAAGUGACAUAAUCUAACUUAGAGUUUACAGAGAUUACCCUGAGUACAAUUUGGUGUAUAGGCUUUAGGAGUCAUGGGUGGAAGCGGGAAAAUCAGGGAAGUGGCAAAAGUGCACAGAAGAGAAUGGAAGAAGAAUCACAAUGAGGGGAUGGGUUUAAGGCUGCACAGGAGAACUAUCUUGACCUGCUGUUCUCUCUCUCUUCUGCAGGAAAUCACAGGCGGUCCAGCCCCCCUUCUUUUUUAAUCAACUUCAAGAAGAACCUUUGCUGAGAUAGCAUGCUUAUUUAAAUUUUUUUAUUUCAAUAAAAAAUGAAAAGAAAUUAACUGUAUUUUGGGUUCUCUAAUCAAUAACAGAAUAUCAGUUGAAGUGGAGGUUGCCUGGAAAUGAGGUAGAAGAAGCUAACAGAAUUUUCCAGCUUUGUGCCUCAUACAAUAUCUGCACUUUACUGAGUGAAGACAAGCAGCCAUGACUCCAUCCCAGCAACAGGGGAGAAAAGACGGUGCCCAUUCGGAGACUGGAACCCUAAAUUGGUUACCUGUUUGUAUACUCAUCAAAUUCUGGGUUUGAGAUGGUCCAGAAUUUAUUACUUAACCUAUGUCCUAAGCUGAACUCAUUUUUUCUUCACUAAUCUCUCAUGAUAUUAGCAAUUUAUUUCCAUUUUUCUUUCUUCCUACCAUAAGUUAAUUUAUUUUCUUAUAGAUAAUGAUUUUCUCUCCAGAUUUCUGUACAAUUCCACACUUCAGGAAAAUUUUAUUCUUUAGCAAUCACUUGGAUAUUAUCUAAAGUAAACUGGAUUUCUGGUUCAAGUUGGUGUUACCACACUCUGUUUGUAAGGAAAAUGAAAAUGUAAUUAGGCAAAGGGCAGCAAAGAGGAUGGGGAGUGUCAGCAAUGGAAGAGAGAAAAAUUUAAAUUUCAGAAAAAGUGAAUGGGAAUUUUGGCAAGAUAGUCAUCUGAGCUACUGUGUAAAGAGAUGUUCUGGUACACAAACAUUGAAUGAGGAAUAAAUAUUUUAGUGCAUAGCUUAACUGGAUUAAAAAAUUAAGAAGGCCUGUCCUGAUCAAGAUGGCAGAGAGUGAUGCUUCAAUUCUCCAUCCUCCCAAAGAAGCUUUGAAUAAUGAGCAAGAGCUGGAAUAUCACAGAGAACCAUCUACAAAACAGGCCUGAGUUUUCUUUUCCUCAGUCAGCUGAUUGUAGGGAACUCUCCAGAUUGCCAUAGGCAUGGCCCGUGAGAGACAGGGUAAUGUGGCAGAAGUGGGAAACUGGGCAACUACUUCAAUUAACUUACUUAUGCCUUCAGGGCCUGCUUGAGCCCAAUUUUGUAUCUAGCACUUCCAUUUGAUGGAGGAGUGUGUCUGUGCAUGACUAAAUUUAUGGUUUGAUGAGUCAGAUAACACUGAGUUUAUGAUGGACAACUCAGGUAUCAUGGUAACUUGGUGGCCCAUAGUUAAGUGAUCUGUCACUACCAAGGCCCAGUAGUGGGCCAAAAGCUGCUUCUCAAAAGGGGAGUAUUUAUCCUAUGCAAAGAUGCAGAGCUUGUCUCCAAAAUCCUGAGUCUGCACUGUGAUUCACCUACAGGGGCCUGUCAAGAGCUCCAAACACUGUCUCUGUCUUCCAAUGCAUCUCUAUUUUCAAGCACCAUUGGAUCUGCUGGAUCAUAUGGCCCAAGUGGCAGAUCAGCUUGUGUUGUACCCUGGACAUGUUGCAGAACCUUCUCUUGCUUUGGCCGCCACUCAAAACCAUCAGCUUUUCCAGUCACUCAGUGAAUGGGCUGGAGUAGCACUCCCAAAGGAGGUAUAUGCUGCCUGCAAAAUCCAAAGAGCUCCUACAAGGCAUCGUGCCGCUUUUUUGAUUAUAGGAGGGACCAGAUUCACGUUAGAAGGGAUACAUUGACAUGCCCCAAACCACCAGAUGCCUAGAAAUUUUGCAGAGGUUGAGGACCCCAAAUUUUUGUUGUAUUUAUUUUCCACCCUCUGAAAUACAAAUAUCUUACCAAUAAGAAAAGUGUAGUUGCUUCUUUUUGCUCAUUAGUUUCAGCAUAAUGUUAUUAACAUAAUGGACCAGUGUGAUGUUUUGUAGAAUAGAAAAUUGAUCAAGGUCCCUUCAGACUCGAUUAUGACAUAGGGUUGGAGAGUUGAUAUAACCCUGAUGAAGGACAGUGAAUGUGUAUUACAGGACUAGCCAGCUGUAAGCAAAUUCUUUCUGGUGUUCUUUAGCAGGUAUUCUUUCCAGAUAAAUAGCUGGAUACCAGCUACUAGGGGAGGUGUUAAUUUGCUCAAGCAAUUAUACCGUAUCUGGAACAGCAGCUGCAAUUGGAGUCACCACUUGGUUAAGUUUACAAUAAUCCACUGUCGUUCUUCAAGAUCCACCUGUUUUUUU